UUGCAAUAUCUUGGGCCUAGGGUUUUUGAAGGAGCUAAUAGUGUUUAAUUUUUAUCAGGUCAAGUGUUUCAAUGCUCCGCUACAACCUUCUGAGAUAGUUGGUGUUAAGAAGGUUGUGGAAGAAAAGUUGCCUGGUGGAGGAGUCAAUGAUAGGGGAGUCAAUGAACGUGGCCUUACACUGACAGGAUUCCUCUUUCUCCAUGCAUUAUUCAUAGAAAAAGGGCGCCUUGAGACAACUUGGACGGUCCUAAGGAAAUUUGGGUACAACAAUGAUAUCAAACUUACUGAUGAACUAAUUCCCUCAUUCAAACGUGCUCCUGAUCAGAGUGCAGAACUCACAAGCGAAGCUGUCGAGUACUUGAGGAAUAUCUAUGAGUUGUUUGACAGUGAUGGUGAUAACAAUUUGCGACCUGCAGAACUAGAGGAUAUUUUCUCUACUGCACCAGAAAGCCCGUGGGAGGAACCUCCAUAUAAAGAUGCUGCUGAGAAAACUGCUUUGAGUGGGCUAUCAGUUAAUGCUUUUUUGUCAGAGUGGGCCCUUAUGACUCUUCUAGAUCCAUCUAGAGCUGUGGAGAAUCUGAUCUACAUUGGAUACUCCGGUGAUCCUACUGCUGCUGUUCGCUUGACAAGGAGAAGACGGUUAGAUCGCAAGAAGCAACAGUCAGACAGAAAUGUUUUCCAUUGCUUUGUCUUUGGACCAAAAAAGUCUGGAAAGUCUGCAUUAGUGAAUUCUUUUAUUGGAAGACCGUUUUAUGAUAAUUAUGCUCCAACCACUGAGGAAAGCUACGCAGUUCAUGUCGUUGAUCUACCUGGUGGAAUCAAGAAAACCCUUGUGUUGAGAGAGAUUCCUGAGGAUGGGGUUAAGAAACUAUUAUUGAACAAGGAGUCUUUGGCACCAUGUGACAUAGCAGUGUUUGUUUAUGACAGUUCUGAUCAGUCCUCAUGGAAGAGAGCAACUGAAUUGCUUGUGGAAGUUGCCGGCCAUGGUGAGGAUACUGGAUAUGAGGUGCCUUGCCUAAUUGUUGCAGCUAAAGAUGAUCUGAACUCAUUUCCAAUGGCAAUACAGGAAUCUACCAGGGUUAGUCAGGAUAUGGGAAUAGAGGCUCCUAUCCCCAUCAGCUCAAAGAUGGGUGACACCAAUAAUGUGUUUCGUAGGAUUGUAACUGCAGCCGAGCACCCACAUUUGAGCAUUCCUGAAACUGAAGCAGGGAGAAGUCGCAAGCAAUACAAUCGACUCAUCAACCGCUCUCUUAUGUUUGUUUCAGUUGGAGCUACGGUGGCCAUUGUUGGACUAGCAGCAUACCGAGUCUAUGCUGCAAGAAGGAACUCAUCUGGUUGAAGAACGAAGAUCCACCCAUCAACGAGAUGCAAGUCAUAGUCUCAUCUAGUAUGUCAUUUUGGUUGUAUAACUGGCCUGUAGAGAAUUAUUUCAUAGACCUAUUUGUUCUUUUGAUUUGCCUUCCAACUCUUUCGCCGUCCAAUAGGGUGUCUAUUGGUCCCAAUGGAAGAGUUUUAAUUAUUAAAAAAAAGCAACAGAUAUACCAUGAAAACUCAGUUAUUGUGCAGGGCUUGUACAAUAAUAAAAAUUUUGCUACAGAUUUUUAUGAUA